CAGUACAGCUUGCAACGCAAACAUGAAGCCGUACGCUAUUAUCGUUGGAUGUACGGUGGCUGCGGCCCAGCAAGUCUACGCUCCGGCCAAUGGAACUACUUCACAGCCUGGAUGCUCAGCAAACAACAGCUACGCGACUGCCCAGCCUUCAUACUUCUUCCAGCCAUUCAGCUUCACGCAAACCGAAACUGUGCGCACUGCAACUUCUCGCCCGGCUCCCACUGUCACAAAGACACACGCAGCACCAUAUGCGUCACUCAGCAAACUUGUGCCCAAUCUCACAACCACGCAAUGGGGCAAUUGGUAUCCGUCGGCCAACGCUACGGCUACAGAUGUUGGUAACCCGUACGGGAAUGCAUCCUGGAGUGCUCUCUGGAACACCGUGCCAUGGGUCAACUUUACGCGGGGAAUAUAUUCAACGACCGUUUCGCCCAAGCCUGUGCCGACUAGCGAGCUGAUUCUGCCUCCCCCUGAAGUUUUCAGCGCCCAAACCUGCUACAAGUUUCCAGUUGACUUUAUGCUCGGUGUAGCAGCUUCCGCAACCCAGAUUGAAGGUGCAGUUGCAGACGAGGGUCGAUGCCCAGUUCAUACAGAUGUCACCACUCUACUUUCACCUGGACGUGCCGAUAACUUCAUCGCCAAUGAGAACUAUUAUCUCUAUAAGCAGGACAUAGAGCGUAUUGCAUCUAUGGGCGUGCAGUACUAUCGAUUUUCGAUCCCUUGGGGUCGCAUCCUUCCUUUCGUGCUCCCAGGCACUCCAGUCAAUCAGCAAGGCCUGGCUCAUUACGACGAUUUAAUCAACUUCGUUCUCGAGAAAGGCAUGCAGCCAGCAGUUGUUCUCCACCACACAGAUACUCCUCUGCAGUUUUAUGGUGGCAAUAUCUCCAACAUUAAUAUCAAGCCUGGUACAGGAGGAAUCGGCUACAUUGAUGCCGGCUUCCAGCGCUCUUAUCAGAACGUAUCAUUCGAAGACGCCUUCGUUCACUAUGGCAAAAUCGUCAUGACCCAUUUCGCCGACCGUGUGCCAAUCUGGUGGACUUUCAACGAACCUCUGUUAGGUGCACGUAAUGGCAAGUCCAUCGACGCGGUUAUCAAGGCGCAUGCGAGAUUAUAUCACUUUUACCGCAACGAGAUCAAGGGCACCGGAAAGGUCUCGCUCACUUUCAACGACAAUUUUGGUGUGCCUAAAAACCCCAAUAAUCAAUCAGACGUGGACGCGGCGAAUCACUUCAAUUCCUUUCAGCUAGCAACCUUCGCCAAUCCCAUCUUCCUCGGUCAAGACUACCCGGAAUCGUAUACUUCAACAAUCGCUGACCACGUUCCGUUGUCCAAAGAAGAUCUGGAGUACAUCAACGGUACAGCAGACUUCUUCUCCAUUCAGCCAUACACAGCGACUGUUAGUACAGAGACCACCACAGGCUGGAAUAUAGGCUACCGCAGCCAGUCUUACGUAUACCUGACACCCGCAUAUUUCCGAACAUACUUGAAUUACCUAUAUAACACGUUCAGAGCCCCUGUUGCCGUGACUGAAUUCGGCUUUCCAGUCUUCGGAGAGGCGCUGAAAACACAAAAGGAUCAAGAGUUUGAUAGCCCACGCUCGCUUUACUACCAGUCAUAUCUCAAUGAAGGCUUGAAGGCGAUUUGGGAGGACGGUGUAGAGUUCAUUGGUGCCUUUGCUUGGUCAUGGGCGGACAAUUGGGAGUUUGGCGAUUACGACCAGCAAUUCGGCAUCCAGACGGUGAACCGUACAACUCAAGAGAGGCGAUACAAGAAGAGCUUCUUUGACUUUGUUGACUUCAUUGAGAGUCGGAGACAGGUGUCGUAAGCAAACACAAGGCGAUGUUCGUAUCUGAGAGGGCCAAUGUCUAUCUUCGAAGGGAGUUACGAGUAAAUUCUACAAGCUUGAGAAUUGUUGUCC